AUGGUUAAGCGACCCUCAAAAAAGGUCCAUCUGGACCCAAAUGAUCCUAAAAUAACCAGCAUUAAAGAGUCCUCCUUGACAGCUGGACCAUGUCCAAUCUGUGGAACUGUGAUGGCCACUCGUCACGGAAUGCGUCGUCAUUUUAAAAUUAUGCAUAAACAAGCUGAGGCUUCUGCCUGCAAAAUUUGUGGCAGAAAAUUUCUUACUACUUUCGCUAUACAACGACAUAUGCGACGAGUACAUCCUGAUGAAAUGAAUGAUACACCACCAUUCCGAAAUGUGGACGGUGACAAUCCUACUGGUUGUCCUUUUUGUUUCAAGAGCUUUAGUGGUAAACAAAGUCUUGAUCGUCAUCUGAGGAUUGUGCACCAGCAUGUUGAAAUCGGAAUAUGCCCCAUUUGUGACAAAACAUUUUCCAACAAGUUUGCAAUGAAACGCCAUCACGAAAAUGUUCAUGCAGGUACAAUUAGGCGCAGAUCUGUGGCAAAAGCAGCUCCACUUGAUGUUGCAUUUCUACAUAUUUCCUUGCUCACAUUUUCCUCAAAUUCUUUAUUCCAGCUACCCGUCACAUUUGCUCAAAAUGCGAUCUCAGCUUCCCAUCUAAAUUUGCGCUCAUGGGACACAAUCUCUCCUCCCAUAACAGUGAGUUCCGCAAAGUGCAUUAAUGUCUACUUCCCAUUCACAUCACCUAACACCCACUGGCAACCACCCUCCUUGCCAAUAACAACGCUUCCGCUGUUGAAGAAAAUCACUGGGCACCUUCUCGAGCUGAUCAAGCUUUCUCGAAUUUCUAUUGAUUGGAACUGCUCAAGUACUCACACCUCCAUUUGGAUAGAUCAGCUGCCAAUCCUGCACCUCUAUUUCUCAUGUUGCACUACUGCGGAUGGCCGUCAAGAACUUCCAUUUUUUUUAGCCUCCAAGAUUUUCGCAUGUUCCCACUGUAGCCGAUGCUUCCUAGACGCAAGCGAACGCAAUCGUCACGUUACCCAAGAUCACGCACUAAGUAAGUGA